GUAAAGGAAAGUUGAAGAGUUGUCAUGCACCUCUCCCAGGCAGCACGGGUGCCUUGUUUCCAUUGUCCAGAACAAGCUGGCAGAGAGGAUGAGUCCUCUCCAGAGUUUACUUUUGGAUGAAAGCAUGCUCUCUUUCCAGUAGAAGAUGGUGACCCUGGAGUAUGAUCAUGGAGAAGGGGAUGAGUUCAGUGGAAGUAUUACCUUCCAGAUCAUCCCAGGUUACAGCUGUAAAGGUGAUGGUGAAGGAGCAUGAAACAAAAUUGAUCCAAAAGGGGAAACCAGUGGGAUUUGUACUUGUACAUGCAGGUGCAGGUUAUCAUUCUGAAUCCAAAGCUAAAGAAUACAAACAUGUUUGCAAAAGAGCCUGUCAAAAGGCAAUUGAAAAACUUCAGGCUGGUGCUCUUGCAACUGAUGCAGUGACUGCAGCACUAAUUGAACUAGAGGAUUCCCCCUUUACAAAUGCAGGAAUGGGAUCUAACCUAAACCUUUUGGGUGAGAUAGAAUGUGAUGCCAGUAUAAUGGAUGGAAAGUCAUUAAAUUUUGGAGCAGUUGGAGCACUGAGUGGAAUCAAGAAUCCUGUUUCAGUUGCAAAUAGGUUGUUGUGUGAAGGGCAGAAGGGAAAACUCUCUGCUGGCAGAAUUCCACCUUGCUUUUUGGUUGGUGAAGGAGCUUACAGAUGGGCAGUUGAUCAUGGGAUACCAGCAUGUUCACCAGGUAUCAUGACUACAAGGUUUAGUUUAGCAGCUUUUAAGAGGAACAAAAGGAAGCUGGAGUUGGCAGAAAAGGUGGAAACAGAUCUUAUUCAGCUAAAGAAAAGAAGACAAUCAAGCGAGAAGGAGAAUGACUCAGGAACACUGGAUACAGUUGGUGCAAUCGUUGUUGACCAAGAAGGAAAUGUUGCUGCUGCUGUCUCCAGUGGAGGCUUAGCUUUGAAGCAUCCUGGAAGAGUUGGUCAGGCAGCUCUUUAUGGAUGUGGCUGCUGGGCUGAAAAUAUUGGAGUUCAUAAUCCUUAUUCCACAGCUGUGAGUACUUCAGGUUGUGGAGAGCACCUUGUAAGGACCAUACUGGCCAGAGAAUGUUCACGUGCUUUGCAAACAGAAGAUGCCCACCAGGCUCUGCUAGAGACUAUGCAAAACAAGUUUAUUAGUUCACCUUUUCUAGCCAGUGAAGAUGGUGUACUUGGUGGAGUGAUAGUUCUUCGAUCUUGCAGAUGUUCUGCAGAGCCUGACUCUUUACCAGAAAAGCAGACUCUACUAGUGGAGUUCUUGUGGAGUCAUACAACAGAGAGCAUGUGUGUAGGAUAUAUGUCAGCACAGGAUGGCAAAGCCAAGACUCACAUUUCGAGACUUCCUCCUGGAGCUGUGGCAGGGCAGUCUGUGGCAAUCGAAGGAGGAGUCUGUCGGCUGGAGACCCCAGCAAACUGAACAGCUUACUCCUCAGCUCAAUACAGAGAAUGUGAAUGAUGUUUUGUACAAUAAGCUCUUUUGUGUUUUAACAGAUGUUGGGAAUUUUUCUCUCAUUUUAUACGCUUUAUUGCAACCACAUGCACCAUAACUUGAGAUAAGUGCUGCUGUUAUUUAUACUCAUUCUGUGUGAAGAGGUGUGUGCAUGCUCAUUUUUCUCCCAAACAGAUCAGAACUCUUCCUAGUUGUGUAGGUGAAAAUAAUGUAUGAUUAAUGUUCCAUUUAAAUUUUCAUUGUUUACAGUUUAAAAAUAAUGCCCUAAAAUGACAGAGAAAAACUAAUUGAAAGAUGUGAUAAUAACUAUCAUUUGUGUUCUAAAUUAGGAAGUAAUGGGCCUCAGAGGUAAUUGUGUAGUAAUGCAAAAGUGAUUGUGGUUUGUACAUUUCUUUUAAGUUAAGUGGAUCCAGUGGUGACUUAAACACUGCUUCUUCAUCCCCUAUGUGGGGCAUUUUUCUUUUGACAAAGAAUGGUUUCAGUGAAACAAUCUAGAGCAGAAUUAUGGCCAGAAUUGUUUUUAAAUAGUCUUAUAAUAUAAGUUGUAUCUCUCUUCCCAAGCUAAGAUGUUACAUAGCUUCAAGCUGUAUGUAUUACAAAAAAGCUAUAUAAAGAUAAUGUACCGUAAUGCAGUCUUUACUUUGUGUAUAAUGGAAUAUUGCAAUGUAAAUAAGAAAACAAAGUUUAUGGAAAGAUUCAAUGCUAUUCUUUGUUUCUUCUUUAAAUAUAUAUUUUAAGAAAAAGAUACAGAAAUAAACAAGCAUAUUACU